GCUCCCAUGGCCUAUCAGGCGGAGAUAACGCAGCCCGGCCGGGUGCAGACUAGCUACUCCUACGGCAACACCAACGCCUGGAGCUCGGGCAUGUGCGACUGCUUCGCGGACAUGGGCGUGUGUCUCUGCGGUACCUUUGUGCCCUGCAUCCUGGCCUGCCAGGUGUCCCAGGACUUCGGCGAGUCCUGUUUCCUGCCCUGCCUACCUGGCACCCUGCUGGCCCUGCGCACGGGGGUGCGGGAACGGUACCACAUCGAGGGCAGUAUCUGCGACGAUUGGCUGGUCAUGGCCUGCUGUGGGCCCUGCGGCCUUUGCCAGCUGUCCCGGGAGCUGUCACACCGGAAAUGA